AUGGCGGGGGUUUCUUACCUACGGAAGCAGCUACACAGGUACAUGUCAGUUGAACGUCCAAAGGAUUUCUACGCCAACGAGAGCAUGGAAGAAGAAGCCAUGGAUCCCUUGCCAAUGCACGUGAGGGAGGAUUACAUCCGCGAGCUGAGAGAGUACCAGGAUGUGGUGGAUCAGUUCCGUUUGUCCACAACUCAGGCAGCAGCUACCUUAGCACAGUCAUCUGCGAAGAGAAAUUCUCGGCAAAAGAGGUUUCUGCCUCGCAAUGCCAUUGUGGACGUGAAGACCGGAAAGACUCCCUGGACGUGUCCCUGGUACAUUCACUGGGUGGACAUGGGCUCCGACACCUUCCCUCGCUUCAUGCGGUCCGUGACUUGCAGCACAGCCACAUGUUGGUUCGGCCGGCUUACAUGCAGGCCCAAGGCAUUCGUCGUCGUCAUCUUGCGCAGGAAAAGGACCAGGUGCUGGGCAGACGAUGAACAGAUAGAGCAACUCUUCCCCAUGAGGGAGGUUCGGGGUGAGAGCAAGUUGCCACCGGAGUUGAAAGAAGAAUGGGUUUUCGAGGAGAGAGCUGCCAAUUUUUGCUGCGAGUGCAUUCUGGAGGCACCAGAAGAGUGAUGACGACGCCCUGUGGAAAGAAAAACAUUCAAGACUUUUGGAUCCCUUCCUCUGCAACCUGACUCACAGGAACUCUGUUGGGAAACGUUGGUGUAUAUGUGUAAUAUGUUUUUGCAAAUUGUUAAGUUUAGCAUUUACUGUAAAAGGAGUCUUGUGAAUAAUUUUACAUGUGCACGGUAAUUG